CGCUUUAAGGCCUGGCACUACCAUGAAGAUUGGGCCACGUCAGCGCUGCGUCUGAAUGGAGGAGAAGAGCGGAAGUGUGUUGUGCAGCGCCGGAAGUGGAGCAAUGGCGGAGCCGGAGGUGGCUAGAGGCUUGACGCAGGUGCUGAACAUUCUGUCUGAAUAUGGCUGGUACAUCCUCUUCAGCUGCAUUGCUGUCUACUACAUCUUGCAGAGGAUUAAAAGUGUGUUGCAGUCAAGAAGCCACAAGCAGACGCAAGCUUCAGAGGCCCAGCUUGAACCAUCAUUAAUUAUGAGGCGCCAGGAAGCAAUGGAUGCUGCUCGCCAUCGGAUGCAACAGGAGCUGGAUGCACAGGCAGCGAAAUAUCGAGAAAAGCAGAAAGAAAUUGAAGAAGAGAAGAGGAGAGAGAAAAUCGAAGCAUGGGAGAAUAUGCAAGAAGGAAAGAGUUCCCGGAAGAGAACCAACAUGCAUCCUGAGUCAGAAUCCAGUACAUCGAGUGCAACAAAACCCAAAUCUGACAAGAAGCCAUUGAGAGGCGGUGAGUGCUAAUGGUCUUCAACCAUU